AUGGUUCCACCCCCACCACCGCCACCACCAGCAGCACCCACCGGAGCUCAGACAGAGCCCUCUAAGAAUGGCCUCGAGCAGACGCCCAGUCCCGUUCGCCGAGACCACCUCGACGUGGCGAGUCUGUGCUCGGUGAUCAGCCAGUCGGAUGACUACUGGCACCGAGUGCUGAUGCUCUGUCGCCAGCGCAACCCGGGCCACUUUGCGCUGGACUUUCCCAGCAGCUCUUUUGCCAAGCUAGAGUACCUCGACUCGGGCACCUACAGUCACGUGAUGAAGGCCAUCGACCUGGAAAACGACCACACGCCGGUGGUGCUAAAGAUCAUCAAAGUGCUUCAACGUCAGACGAUGCACCGCCUGAGUGAGCUGAGCUUUAAGGGCUGCGAGCUGUACCAGGACGUCUACCAGGAGAUCGUCAUUCUCUACCUGCUCUCCAACCUGCACGAGACGGUGGUGGACACGGCCGGCUACGAGUACCAGUCGCACUCCUUUCCGCGCAUCUUCCGCACGCGCAUCGUCCACGGACCGAUUCCCAACUACUUCAUCAUCCGCCGCUUCGACGAGACCUUCCGCAAGGUGAAGGUGAUGGAGCACUUCGAGGACUCCUUCGGGCCGCCGCGUGAGCACCUGGUGACGGUGAUGAAGUUCGGCGGCGACUCCCUUUGGGACCGCAUUCAGGCGAACGCCAAGCCGGAGCCGAUGACGGUCGACCAGCUGAUCAGCGUCUGCUUUCAGGUGACCUUUGCGCUGGCGGUGGCCGAGGGCGUCUACCAAUUUGAGCACCGAGACCUGCACGUCUGCAACGUCCUGGUGAAGGCGACAAAGAAGAAGCUGGCCAUCUUUAAGUACCGCUCGGCGGAGUACACCGUCCUCACGUACGGCAUCAAGGCCUGCAUCAUCGACGCCACCUUCUCGCGCAUGGCCAUCGCCGGGCAGACCUUCUUCGUGGACCUCAGCUCGCGACUGAAGGGCGCCGCCUCCAAUGCCAACCCCGACGGUCAGGAGGUGGCCUACAAGAAGAUGUACCAGCUGGUGGGCGACCAGUGGAAGCAGUGGUACCCGCAGUCGAACAUCAUCUGGCUGAAGUACUUCUUCGAGGAGAUCCUCGCCAGUGACGCCUUCGCCAGCCACGCCACCGCCGACAAGACGGCCAUCCUCAAGGCGCUCAUCGAGCUGGUCGCCAA